AUGGGCAAGACCGAAGUCGCUCCCGGCGUACACCACGUACACCCCCUCCCCGACUCUGUCCCAGAGAGCGAAGACCUCUUUGCCCCCCCUCCCCGUCUGCGCGGCGAGGACAACCGCCCCAAGCCGCACAUCGGCCCCAAUUACGAGGCCUACCUCAAGGAGUGGGCCAAGACUGUCGGCCCCAACAGCGACGAGUGGUGGGCCGAGAAGGCGAGGACGACCCUCGACUGGUAUGAAGACUUCAAGACUGUCCGGGCAGGUGGCUUCGAGGAGGGCGACGUGCAGUGGUUCCCCGAGGGUACGCUGAAUGCUGCCUACAACUGUGUCGACCGUCACUUUUACGCCAACCCCGACAAGGCCGCCAUCAUCUACGAGGCCGACGAGCCCAGCGAGUCGCGCGAGAUCACCUACAGGGAGCUCAUGCAGGAGACUUGCCGACUCGCCAACGUCCUCAAGAGCUAUGGUGUCAAGAAGGGCGAUGCCGUAUCCAUCUAUCUCCCCAUGACCUGGCAAUCUGCUGCCGCCUUCCUCGCCUGUGCCCGUAUCGGUGCCAUCCACUCUGCCGUCUUUGCCGGUUUCUCCGCCGAGUCUCUGCGUGACAGGGUCAACGACUGCGAGUGUAAAGUCUUGAUCACGACCGACGAGGGUCGUCGUGGUGGUAAGGGCAUUGCUACCAAGGCCAUUGUGGAUGCCGCCCUGCAACAGUGUCCACUUGUCGAACACGUUGUCGUCCUCCGAAGGACUGGCAACAAGGUGCCCAUGACUGAGGGCCGAGACAAGUGGUGGGACGAAGAGUGCGCCAAGGUGCCCUCUUAUGCUCCCUGCGAGCGAAUGGCCUCUGAAGACCCCCUCUUCAUCCUCUACACUUCCGGAUCUACAGGCAAGCCAAAGGGUGUCGUCCACUCUACCGCAGGUUACCUUCUCGGCGCCCACCUUUCCUUGAAAUACGUCUUUGACAUCCACCCCGACGACCGUUUCGCCUGUAUGGCCGAUAUCGGAUGGAUCACCGGCCACUCUUACAUUAUCUACGGUCCCCUCUCAAACGGUAUCACCACCACCGUCUUUGAGAGUACGCCCGUGUACCCCACAGCCGCCCGAUACUGGGACUUUGUCGACAAGUGGAAGGCUACCCAGCUCUACACUGCGCCCACUGCUAUCCGGCUGUUGAGGCGUAUGGGAGAGGAGCACGUCAAGAACCAUGAUCUCUCUUCUCUCAGGGUCUUGGGUUCUGUCGGUGAGCCGAUCAACCCCGAGGCUUGGCACUGGUACAACGACUUUCCCGGAAAGCAGCAGUGUGCUAUCGUUGAUACAUACUGGAUGACUGAGACCGGUUCGUUCGCCGUCGCCCCCAUUCCCGGAGCCAUCUCUACCAAGCCCGGAUCUGCCACCUUCCCCUUCUUCGGUAUGGAUCUCGACAUUAUCGACCCUACCUCUGGUGCCGUGUUGGAGGGUAACGAUGUGGAGGGUGUGUUGGUUGCCAAGAAGCCCUGGCCGAGUCUGGCGAGGAGCGUGUACAGGGACCACAAGAGGUACUUGGAGACUUAUAUGAAGCCUUACCCCGGGUAUUUCUUCUUUGGUGAUGGUGCUGCUCGGGAUUACGACGGCUACCUCUGGAUCAAGGGACGUGUUGACGAUGUCAUCAACGUCUCUGGCCACCGUCUCUCCACAGCCGAAGUCGAAUCCGCCCUCAUUCUCCACAAGGGUGUCGCCGAGACUGCCGUCGUGGGCUGCGCGGACGACCUCACAGGUCAGGCAGUGUAUGCGUUUGUGACGAUGAAGCCCGAGUUUGACUUGAAGACCACCAAGGAGGCGGACUUGAGCAGGGAGUUGGCGAUACAGGUUAGGAAGGUCAUCGGGCCGUUUGCCGCGCCCAAGAAGAUUUUCCUCGUGUCGGAUCUCCCCAAGACGCGAUCAGGCAAGAUCAUGCGAAGGGUGUUACGGAAGAUUGUGGCGGGCGAGGCGGACCAGCUUGGAGACCUUUCUUCUGUUGCCGACCCCGAGAUUGUCGAGGAGGUCAAGGCCAAGGUUGCCGCCAAGGCCUAA